CAAUUAGAGUUGCAUUUCUCUCUUUAAGUAUACUAGGUUUGAACUUUGCACUUAAAAAAUCGCAUAAAGGCGAUUAACAUUUACGUCAUCUUUGUAAGAACCUUUUUAAGCAUUCCUUCUCCUCAGUUAAACCAACAGUCUUGUGAAAAAAACCUUUUGGAUUUGGCAGCGCUGCUUCAAGUCAAAUGAAGACAGCAAUUCCGACCGCGUCGCGCAAAGUUGUCAGAAUUGCUUACUGUUUAUGUUCACCGGAUUUGUUUCUCGUCAAAAAUAUGCCAUUCAAAAUUGUGCAGACGAUUGAAGGAGGGGAGAGUUGCUUGAGCAUCGUUCCCAGUGGAUGGGAAGUGGAUGGAAUUUUACAUUGGCCGAAAAAACAUAAAGUAGUAAAGUUAUCACUCCAGGAGGAUUCCCUACCCGCUGAUAAUUGGCAGCGAAUCAACUGCAUUAAAAAAGACAGUUGCAAACGUACGAAGAGGCCUGCGAAGAGCUGAACAAGAUGGAAAAUAAAUCUGAUACGGAGAUGGACGAGGUGAGCACGACCCGGCUUCCUGACAAAAGACGACAACAGUUGACAACAAACACACGAACGAUUGCAAACGUAGAUCUCAAUGCAUACGCUGAGCAGCAGACUGCCGAUUUUUCCAGUACCACAACGAACAGCAAAGAUGAAAUAUUUGUUCUUAAUUAUGAAGGGAUGGGAACAGGUCUAAGCUUAGAACCGAUCGUGUUGUCCGAGUCUGCAGACAGCAUUACACAGAAUCCUGCUCAAGUCGUAUACCUGCAGCCUGAAAUGGUGCACGACAAUACAACGGAUAGUGCUGUUGCAACUGCUGUGCUGCAAAAUCUUAAUCUGAUUUUGGCAAACCAGUCGAAGAUCAUGCAAGUUAUGACGAAACUUAUGACUUAUGAAAAAUAUAUAAGAAAUAUGAGCUUUAUAUGCGGCACUAGUGGAAAAGCAAACGGAAUGGACAGUUGUUAUAAACUGGUCGAUUUUUUCCUUACACGUCCAUUUCUACUGCAAUGUUCCUGGACCGGAAAUUCGAGACCAACAGGAAUGAAUCAGUCCGGAGUAAACGAACCUGGCAAGGUAACUGAAACGAGUAAAAUCGCUUUAAAGUUUUUCAAGAGAUUUCGUGCGCUGUUUCUUAAGUAAGUUAUGCUAGCUGACAGGGAUUUUUCGGAAAUGGAUUGCGAUGUGUUUUUUAAAAGAAUAAUUAAAAAUAGUAAACAGAGAGUAAAUGCUUCAAUAAAAGCAUCAAAGCAUAGGAACAGACCAAGAAACAUAAAAUAUAAAGUUCAAAAAGCAGCUAUUGAUGGUAACACUGAAAAAAACGACACGAAUAACGUUCCUUUGCCACUGGAUGAAUCUACCUGAGUUCGACUUGUUAUUUGUUUUGUAUGACGAAGAAAACAUGUUAUUUUAGUUGUAAUUGCUUGAAUGUAUUUCAG